GUCUGCCCUGCUGUCCUCUUUACAAUGACAACCUUGUAAGAACUAUGGACGGUCAAAUAUCAAAAGGAAUUGUGAUAUACAUAGCAACAGGCCUCCUUCUAUUGCAAACUUGUGGAGCUUUGGAUUGCCUGAACUGUAAAGGAAUUCCUUUCCCAGCGGAUUGCAACAGACGGGUGACAUGCACUGCCAAUGAGGACUGCAACAUUGAACAGUAUGUGACGCCAAAUGGAAACUUACUUUAUAAUGUCGGCUGUCGGUCGAAACAGCUCUGUGCUGCAGUAGGAAAACGCAGCACUCAAACGUCAAUUGUCCAACGAUUUAUCGAUAUCAUCUCAUCGUCACUGCGUUUCUUCACGAGGAGCGAAGAUGACGUCACAUCCGAGGUCACAGCUGACCAAUCAGAUUCUCAGGAUGUAAUCACGUGUGCCGAAUGCUGCUCCGGAAAAAGCUACUGUAAUAGAAAUGGAUGCGGUGCCGUUGCAAGCGCACACCCGGACCAGCAAUAUUGUUCACAGUGUGAAAUCGCACUGUUUGCUGACCAAUGUGAAACAAUUACACUUUGUAACAGAUUUGAGCUUUGCUAUGCAGAAGCCAUCAACCUGAAUGGCGACCCUAGAUACAGACUAGGCUGCAUUCCUCAAGAUAAAUGCAGCCAAGAGACCAGCAACUCAUCCUCAUCCUCAAUUCCCGGGGUUACCUCUACUGUUGGUAAACGCCAGUUGCUGCAAUACUGUGCUAAAUGCUGCAACAACUCCGAGGGUGUUUGCAAUAGCCAUCUAUGUAGCUCAUCUCAGACGGUGCCUGCAGGAACAAUUAUUAGGGAGCUCGUUGACCCUCCACAAAGGACCGAUUACUGCAGGGAUUUACUGGAAAGUGCUUGCCCUCCUCUGAUCCUGAACGAUGGAAAAUUGUGCCUCGAGCCUAUGUACAAAAACUACGCCUGUCGGAAGACGUGUGGUAGCUGUCAAGCAAGAGACACGACGUCGCAGAAGCCGUCGACAGUAACAGUUUCGUCGGCGUCAUCUUUGCCAGCAUCAGAUUGUUAUUAUCGAAGUGAAGCGUACAUGGGUCGCUAUGACACCACAGUCACCCAGCAGCCCUGUGUGAGGUGGGACGAGGUUUCUGUAUUCAAGGGACAAAACCUUAGCUUUCCUGACGGUGGCAUUGAUAGUGCAGACAGCUUUUGCAGGGAUCCGAAUAAAAUGUUAGGACAUCCGUGGUGUUUCAUAUCAACGACGACGUUCGAAUGGCAGUACUGUCCAGUUCCCUUAUGCCAAGAAUGUUAUUACUCUAACAGAAGCUUUGCAUUUGACGGCUUCACCGAUACAACGUCCGACGGUAAACAAUGCAUGUUAUGGACCGAUGCGGUAAAAAUAGCUCCUCCAACAUUACCCGUCGCGCCAAACUUUUUCCCUUCCAAAAGUGUAACCGCGGCAGGCAAUAAAUGUCGGGAUCCCUACCGCAAUGGUCAACAGCAGUGCUAUGCCGACGAUGUGUUGAAAAAUUGCUCCGUACCCGCAUGUGUCGAUGGAUGUACAGACAAAGGAACGCUUAACUGUGCAGGUCUCAAGGCGUUUGCGUGCCAGUCAGAAUAUCUCAGCAUAACUCAGUGUGCCAAGACGUGCGGGAAAUGCAUUCGAUAUAUUCAGAUUGAAAUUGAAGAAUGA